AUGUUUCCAUCUCUGUUUGGCCGGAGCGCAUCUACUGACGAAAACACUUCUGGCUCCGAUGCCACAGCGUCCAGGCCUCCAGCACCAGUCCAAAGAACGUCUUCGUUCAGUUAUCCCGAGCCACCGACGAGACCAAAAGAUCCGAGACGUGAUGUCGUACGAUUCCGAUCAGACUAUGCCAAUAGGUACGCACUUGGCAGCAGGCACACGGUGGAUUUCUUCAGCGGUUCAUACGACGAUGUUCAACGUGAAGCAAGAAAUUCAGUGAGACUGAUUGUCGUUUUCAUCCACGAUCCUUCUAUGGAGGAAUCGAGGAGGUUCAUUAAUGAAACGUUGAAUUCGUUGGAAUUUGGAGCACUGGUCAACAACCACAAUCUACUGGUAUGGGGAGUUGGGAACGAUACGGAUGAAGGAAAAUAUGUUGCCUACAACCUGCAUGUGAACAAGUUUCCAUUUUUGAGUAUUAUGUGUCCACGGGCAGAUAACCGAUUUUUCUCGGUUCGACGCAUUACUGGGUUCACGACCGCUGGAGAUCUGGUAUCGAGAUUGGAGAAGGCCAUCGAAAUCGUGCGGGUGGAUCUGAAAGAUUUACGUGAACAGAGGUAUACUAUUGAUUGUUAUUAUUGA